GGUUUCUGUGUAGUUAUGUCACUGUCAUUCCAGAAGAGUUCAGAUCCUAUUUCUUUAUUUAUUUCUCUGAUAUGUCAUUGGCUGGUGUGGAUUCAACUGGUCAUCUAGCUGACUUCUUAAGGAGCUGCAGGUCCUUUUCUCUUCACAGAAAACAUCCAAAUUCCUGGUUUGGAUAAUUUUGGUACCUUUUUCUUAUCUUCUUUUUUAAUCAACUUUUUGUUUUUGCACACAUGGAACUCAUUUCCAGGAGUGGCACCAGCAGGCACCCUAAUCCAGCUUUUUAGGUGUUUUUGGGUGAUUUGAACCCUUUCAGACUUGGCUUUGUAGACCCUAUAAAUGCCUUUCAGUGAGAAAAGGCUUCAAAGGACAUUCAUUGCUGUGAAUGAAUACAAGCAACAAGUAACUUGACAAAAACAUGGGUAAUAAGCAAACAAUCUUUACAGACGAGCAGCUCGAUGCUUAUCAGGACUGUACGUUUUUCACUCGCAAAGAAAUUCUUCGGUUGCAUGGCAGAUACCACGAGUUGGCUCCUCAUCUGGUUCCUAUGGAUUACACAAAUGAACCGGACUGUAAGAUACCCUUAGCGUUAAUAGUCAACAUGCCUGAAUUAAAGGAAAAUCCAUUCCGUGACAGAAUUGUGGAGUCAUUUUCCGAGGAUGGGAUGGGUAACCUCAGCUUCAAUGAGUUUGUGGACAUGUUCUCAGUGCUCAGUGAGAUGGCGCCACGAGAACUCAAAGCCAUAUAUGCCUUUAAAAUAUAUGACUUUAAUGUUGAUAAUUACCUGUGCAAAGAGGACCUCGAGAAGACUCUCAAUAAGCUGACAAAGGAGGAGCUGACUCCUGAGGAGGUGGAGCUGGUGUGUGAGAAAACCAUUGUGGAGGCCGAUCUGGACGGAGACAGCAAACUCUCCUAUGCUGACUUUGAAAAUAUGAUAACUAGGGCUCCAGACUUUCUAAGUACUUUCCAUAUUCGUAUCUGAGAGGUGGCAGUCGACGCUUCAACCGCAGCAUCACAUAAACCCCUGCAGCUUCUGCCCGGGGUGCCUCUCACUCCAACCCACUGCUACAAUCAAGCAGAAUGCACUGGAUAAACGUCUUCAUUUUGAAGUUGGUUCUUCGUGAAAGCAAAUGACCAUGUGCUUGCUUAUGUAGUAUUUUUUUGUCUUCCAGUAAGUCUUCCUGCAAUUAAAACUUGAUAUUUAGUAUUUUAAGACCAUGGAUAGAGCUUGAAGCUUAAGUUGGAACAGCACUGACAGCAAUCAUCUCUGUGAUAUCUCUGUAUGGGUUUGAGCGAAUUAUUGUGUUUGUGAGACUCCAAUAUGAUGACAACAAAACCUUACUGCUAACUGGUUGCUUUCAUCUAUAGCCAAUAAAUAAUAUGAGAUGUUUUAAUAAAAGACAUUUUUUGGAUCACAUUUUUAUAUUACAUGUCAAGUCCUCCAUUGUAUGUUUCUCUCUAUAAUAAUCUUUUUUCUAUGUUCCUAUGUUCAGAUUUAAAUUUUCUCAGUAAUUGAUUUUAUUUUAAAGAGGAAAUAAGUCAGGUGGCAAUCCCCUUGACAGUGAUCCAAAAACGUUUGCUGUUUUUUUUAAAUUUUAUUUUAAAAAGAACAUCUAUAAAAGCAGAUAAAAAUUAAAAGUUCAUUCCAUUAAGAAACUCUCUGUAUCUAGUUAAUUAACCUGUAAAUCUGUGAUUACCGACUAAUUUGCAGUGCAUGUUCAUUUCUUUUACCUUGCGAGAAUAAAAAAUGUCUGCCAAAUGCAUUGAUAUGCACAAAAAAAUUCACGUUUAUCUUGUGUUUUUCUGAAACAGGUACUCCUCUUGUAUAAGUAAGUUAUAUGAUGAAUUUUUCCUCAAACUUAAUUUAAAAUGGAAAGACGUGUCUCUUGUUUUGAAAGCAAGGAGUAUUUCUGGAAGAGGACACAGUCUCUUAUUAUUGUGGCUAAUAAACUUCCGAUUGUGUGGCAGCCAUUCCUUUAAUUGGGACUUUAGAAAAAAGAUGCUUAUAGAAUGAAAUGCUGCCAGUAACUGUGUGUGAUGUUUAGGUCUAACAAUGAAACUUUCUGUAUGUUUUUAGAUUCUGUGAUCAGACUGACAAUGGCUCUUCUGACUUCAACAUUUUAACAACAGUGGAGGUUUUCCAUUGGUUUUCAUUCCUCUCCGUGAUGAAAUUUAGACAAAAGAAAGGGAAAAAAAACCCACUUUGAUUUAGAACUAGCAGCAUUUCUUUAAAUACCAAAUUACAUCUAAGUUUCUCUUUUCUGUCACUUAUUUGUUUUGGAAAAAUAAGCUUUAAAGUACACUCUGCACAUUUAGUAUCAUGUAAAUCUGAGUAGAGAUAAAGAUAGAGAAGCUGAUGGAUUGUCGUGUUAUGCGAGUUUGUCAUGUCAUGUAAAUAUUGGAUAAUGGACUAUGUUCAGGUAAAAUGGAAAUUUGGAUCUAGACGUUCUUUUAGGCACAAUAACACUGUCAUACAUUUUAUUUGACAAUAAAUACAACUAGUUUACUGCAUAUAUUUACUUUCAAUGUCCUCUAUUUUUUUUUUUUUUACAAAAAAAGCUGUAACAUUACUUUAACACUGUCUAUUAAAUAUUUAUAAGCAACAAUAUACCUCAUUUUUAUUCAGUUUAGCUUAAUGCAGUUUCUAUAAAGGACAAGGGCUUGUGUAAUGUGUUGAAUUUUGUGUUUAGUUUGUUUUUUGCCUCUUUUUUUACAUAACAUAUUUUACCUUCAUCGAAUUCACUUGAUUAAAAAAACCUUUUUGGUCUCAGCAUGUCCUUCAAACAUUCAAAUAUUUCUUUUUCUUUCUUUAUCAAUAUUUCUUGAUCUUUAAAGCUAACAUCUUAGUGAACAAAACACAUUUUAAAGAAUAAUGAUUAAACAACACUUAAAAAAAUGUUGGUUGUGUGUGAUUUUCAGUGUAUUUUUAAUGAUGUAAUAAGACUUCUGUGUUCGUUUUUUUAAUUCUUGUCAAACUGUUUGGUGUUGCAUUUAAUAGUUUGGAAUUUACUCGUCUGCCUUUAAGUAACAUUUUUUGAAGAGCAGUUGUUGUAAAUGUCAUUGUUGAGCUUCAUGGACUGGAUUGUUUUAUGGGUGUAUUAUCAAGAGUCUGUCUUUACAUGAAAUACCAGUGGGAAUCCUUUUACUUCCUGCUCCUCUCUUUGCAUGAUGCGUAACC